GCUCUUCCUGGCGUCAGCUGACCGGAGCCAGCGCACUGAGCGCGGAGGGGAUUCCCAGGCCGGCCGUUCCAGCGCGCCCUCCUUUGCGCUUUUACGCACCACCGGGGCCGCCUUGGCACCCAACAGCCGCUGCCCGCCCGGGCCCGGGGAGACCCCGCUUGGAGCCGCCGCCGCCCCGGAGCGCCUGCCCGGCUGAACGGGCCGCUAAGCGGCGCUUCCUUCUGCGCCCUGUGCCUUGCAGCCGCUUUUGCAAAGCUACAGGAGCCAUGUCCAAGAAGCCUUUAAACCUCCCUCUCGAAAAUGGGCAGUCGGAGAAGACCGAAGUGGAGAAUGGACACCCCAACCUGGUACCACCCACCCUCAGCAGCUCGAGCGUGGAAGAGAUGGUUCAGCAGAUGAAAGAACUUAUCACGGAGAACAAUGAACUUAAAGAAGCCAUGAGGCAGCGGAACCAAGCCAUGAAGGAUCGUUUUGAGGAGCUGUCUGCUUGGAAGGAGAAGUUGAAAGAAGAGCGGGAAUUUUACGAAUCGAAAUUCAAGGAAGCCCGGCAGUGUUUGGCAGCCAAGUGUCUGGAGAACGAAAGUCUCCACCAUCAGCUCAAAAGCCUGGAAGAAAAAGAAGAAAAGAGCAGGACCGAAAAUCUCGGUCCGAGGAAGGAGGUGACCCAAGAAGUGGAACAACUGAAGGCCCAGGUGGCCAAACUGCAGGCCGAAAAGGCGGAUCUGGUAGCCAUCAUCUCAGAGCUGCAGCUGAAGCUCAAUGCGGCCACAGCCGAAGACUCCUUCGUCGAGAUCAGAAUGCAUGAAGGAGAAGCGGAGGGGCCUUUGAAAGACCAUCAGAAUGUAGACGUGAGAAGAAUAAACGAGAACGCGGCUCUGUAUGUCCGGAAUAAAUCUGUGGACGAAGCCAGGAAAUACUUGGAAAAAGAAGAAUUAACCGUCAGCCAGCUUCUACAUUCUCUCAGGACCGAGACUCAGAAGCGCGAAGCCCUGGAAAAUAAGUUGCAGGAGCUGAAGGACAAGUGUCAACAGCUGUUGAGUUUGAAAAAGAAAACAAAUGACAAAGGCACUCAAACAGAACAAGAAGCCGACAAGAAAGAAGAGAGAAGUGAAAGUGUGGGCAGCGAAGUGGAGGUGCUGAACCUGCAGGUCUCUGCCCUCUUCAGAGAGCUCCAGGAGACCCACACCAAGUUACAAGAAGCCGAAGUAAUUCAGAAAAAGCUGCACGAAAAGUGUCAGAGUCUUGAAAAGGAACUCCCUUCCAGUGUUGCAGACUUGGAUGAGAAGCAACAAUUGUUGUACACCAUUAAGAAACUGGAGUUGCAGGUGGAGAGCAUGCAGUCAGAAAUUAAGCUGGAACAGGCUAAAACCAACGAUGAGAAAGCCAAAUUUCAUAACCUCCAGGAUGCCUAUGGCAAGCUGGUCAAGGACCUGACCGAGGCUUUGCAAACGGUUGAAGAAUUAAGAACCAAAGAGGGGCAAAGGGCCAACCAGGCGACAUUAGACGAAUUAACUCACAAACUGGAUCUUGCCGAAAAGGCGCUGGCUGCCAAACAGUUGCAGAUCGACAAAAUGAAGCAAACGCUUGUGAAGCAAGAAGAAGAGCUUGAGACGGUGGCUGUCCUGCGAGCUCAGGUGGAGGUCUACUGCUCCGAUUUCCACGCAGAAAGAGCGGCAAGAGAGAAGAUCCAUGAGGAAAAAGAACAACUAGCCACACAGUUGGCGUACUUCGUGGCUGAAAAUCAAGAACGUGGAGAUCUUGGCAGGUGCUCCUUGGCAGAAAUGCAAACCCGGCACGGAACCAGGCUGCCAUCAGAUCAAGGAGCUGAAGACCAGAAUCAGCAACAGCAGCCAAGAGAUAUUCCUAUACAUUCUUGUCCAAAAUGUGGUAUAAUUCUUCCGGAUAUAGAUACGCUUCAAAUUCAUGUUAUGGACUGUAUCAUCUAAACAAUGUUCUCACAAAUGCUCAGACACCUGCACUUUGUAAAAAAAGGAAAAUCUAUAUGUCAAUAUGCACCUUGGUUUAGAAAACAUUUGAGACCUUAACGGCUUAGGAUGUAGUUAGGCAUUCAAAACUGACCUUACAAAAACUAUAACGUACAUCCGUACAAUCAGUUUCCAGCUAGCUGAAGCUAAACAUGUCAGCUGCAUAAUUUCAAAAGAUGACAAUGUGGAGGUCAUUUAACACAGCUUGUUCAGUAGGAAGACUGCAGACUGGAAGUCUUACAAAGGCAGCUUCAAAAGCUGCAUAUUUACAUUUAAUCGCAUAUUUUAAAAGGGUUUAAGAAAGAUUUUGAAGUAGAACCCUUUCUGUAGCUGUUUUGACUGGAACGAUUCAUUUUAUAGUCGGAUCGCAUCCACUAAAACUCAAGUGAUUCUGAAUGAAAUGAGAAGAGGACUUCGGAGGAUUUAAACUUUUCACCCUCAAAAUUUUUGUGUGGCCCUCCGUGUGGUACUGAAAGACAGAGGUGAAUCACAUGAUGAAAUACAUUGACAUUGACCAACAGGUAAAAUAAAAGUGUGUUGAUUGCCAAUUGAGAAAACAUUCACACAGAUGUAUGUGAUUCUCCUCUAAAACAGUCUGCUGCUAUUCAUGGCAUAUCUGUAAAUGAUAAAAGAGAGCGAGAGCAAUAAUAGGAAUGCUGAUUUUUGCUUGUUCUUUUGAUUCAUUCAAUUCCUGCUUAAAUUGUGAUUAUUUCAGCGUGGAUCAAAACAGAUCACGAAUUACUUAACUGAUGAAACAGUGCAGGAGUCACUAGUGGUGUAAUUAAAUAACAUACUUUAAAUGUUUAUUUUAAAGCUUAAUUUUGUACCUCUUAUUGUUCCGUAAGUACCUUACUAAUACAAAGUUUACAAGAAAGCUAGGAAACCAUUGAAGGACAAUAUGUGUGUCGGUCACACUCAUUCACCUUAGUUUUUACAGUGAGUGAGCGGCCUUGUUUAAACUAAAUGAAGUUUAAAUUAAUUAACUGCCCAAUAAAUACUUCCUUGGUCCUUAUAUUUGAAAUUUCUGUUUAAAGAAUCGUCUGGAUGUUAUACUUGAAAAAAAAAGACUUAAUGGCACAAGUGAUAUAUGAAUUGUAUUCAUGAAAGAAAACAAUAAAGCCAUGUUCUGAAAUA